AUGGCCAAGCCCAGAUCGGCAGGCCCAGCCUCGCCAGCCUCGAGCAAGGCGCGCGAGGGCUUGAGCCAGGACUCCGAAAUGAUCCUGAGGUGGGCGGUGAAGUCCCUCUACCAGGACGAGGCCAACCCCCGCGGGCCGCUGCUGCAGUGGUUCCUGCAUUACCUGGUCGGGGUGAAGCUCAACCACCAGCAGCUGCGGGCCCUCAUCGUGGACACUCCGGGUCUUAGGCUGGAGCCGAUCUCGACCAAGAAGCUCAACUUCAGCGCUGUCCUCGACGAGCCCCCGCCAGGGUUCCAGGGCUUCGUGAGCGAGGACGACGCGCUAGCGACGCUCGACGAGCGCACCUGGGAGGAGGUCUCGGCCUGCCUCGGGCGCGGCGGCUGGCACAAGGCGCAGGAGGCCGCGCACAAGUACUACGUGGUGGCCGCCUGGCUUCAGGAAGAGUCGCCCUGCUUUGGCGAUAUGAGCUUCGGCCGGGUGCUGAGCAUCGUGCGGUGCAGCGCGCUGCAGGGCAAGUGUCUCCUCGGCCAUCGCAAUAGCCUUCUGGUGCCGUACCUCCAGUCCGAGGAGCACGAACGGAAGGUCAACGCCUGCAUGGGCCAGCCGACGCACGUCAACCCAGACGAGCAGUACGUCAGGACGUGGGAGGAGCUGCGGCAGGGCUUGCGCACGCUGCUUGAAAAGCAGGACGAGGGCACCCUGGAGGUUUCCAAGGUGAAGGCGAUGUUCCGCACGCUGCUGAAGACUGAGCUGAGCGAGACAGUGUUCGGCCAUCAGAGCCUGUCCAAGCUGUUGGGGGACCCCGAGCUCUCCGAGGAGUUCUCGCUCGAGAUGCUGCAGGGCAACCGCUACGUCCUCCGGAUGAAAUGCGAAGGCCCUCUCGGCCCAGCAGCGGCAGUGCCACUGGCUCUUGAGGGGGUGCUGGGCGCGGACGCCAGACAGCCCCGCCCAGUGACGAUAGAGCUCGCAGCUGCCGUGGACUCCCUGUCGUGGCAGGCGCCGGCUCAUGGGUGGAGGACCCGAGCUGAGCAUGUCCAAGCACAUGGCCCCCGACUGUUCAGGGUGGCCUCUGGAGCCGGCUACGCUCGGGGCUUGCAGCGGCGGGCGGGCCACUAUGGCCGCCCACGCCGGCUCGAGCGGGGCGGCCUCGGCACCGCUGGGCGGGAGGCGCUCGGCUCUCCAGGAAAA